AUGGAUUCUUGGUUCUUCAUAGGUUGGGAAGCAUAUGAUGAUCCAAAAAAUAAGAGCAUGGGAAGCAAGGCGCCAAGCUGGGCUGAUCAGUGGGGUUCAGGCAAUUUUGGAGAAGAUGAUGAGGAACUCGUGGCUAAAAAAGGGGUUGGCAAUGGUAACACUGGCAAGAAGAUGGCGGAGGUCAAGGCAGCAGCUUCAGCAGGAUUCGACAAGGCCAAGACAGCUGCCCAAAAGGUAAAGAGCGGAACCUCGGUUGGUUUCAAAUGGGUCAAGAACCAGUACCAGAAGAAGUCUUCAAAAUAA